UAAAUCGCUGGUUGUAAGCCGAUUUCCUGACUGGCCCCACCUAUGACUAAUUCGUAGUAAUACUGCGUUGAGGCCCAUAGUCGAGUUAGUGAAUUGAGGAUUACAUAUAUGCAUCCUUCAUUGAUUGUGCAUAUUAUAUAUAUUUAACCACAGACAGGGAAUGGUACGUUUGUGAACAUAUUGAGUGACCUACUUUCGUGAGAAGUGUAAAUUGUUGUAAAAUACGUUUUUCACACUUGACGAGACACGUUUUGGAGAGCAGCCAUUUUGUUGACUUGUGCACCUAUAGAGCGGAAGCCGUGAUACAGCCUUCGACGGAUAACUAGUGUUGGAGGAGAGACUGUACUCACAAUUUUAUACCAUAUAAUUAUCUUCGAACAGGAGAAGUGAUCAAUUGACUAAUUAUUCAUCAUGGGCGACAGGGAAGAAUGUAUCGCGAACGCCAAACUGGCGGAGCAGGUCGAACGAUUCGACGACAUGGUUGCCAAAAUGAAGGUAGUUGCAACCGGUAGUGAUCCUCUGAAUGAAGAAGAGAGAAAUCUUCUGUCGGUAGCUUAUAAAAAUGUCGUCGGAACGCGCCGAUCUUCGUGGCGAGUCAUAUCGUCCUUGGAACAAAAGGCCAGGGAAAAGGGCGAGUCGGAGAAGAAGUUGCAACUAUGUGAGGAAUACAAAAGGAAUAUAGAGAAAGAAUUGAACGAGCUAUGUGAUGAGGUAAUUAGUUUAUUGGAUAACCAUUUACUGCCCAAAGUAGGAGAUUCAGUGGAGCCGAAGAUAUUCUACCUUAAAAUGAAAGGCGACUACUUCCGGUACAAAGUUGAAAUUGCCAGCGGAAAAGAAUCCGAGGCGAAUUUGGCUGCCAAGUCCGAGGAAGCGUACAAAUUGGCAUACGACAUUGCUAAAGAAAGUCUGAACCCAACAAACCCUAUUAGAUUGGGACUGGCGCUUAAUUUUUCAGUCUACUACUACGAAAUUAAGAAAGAGUCCAACACUGCUUGCGAGUUAGCCAAAACUGCAUUUGAUGAGGCCAUCGCCCAACUGGACGCGGGUAAAGAAGAUGACUACAAAGAUAGUACUUUAAUUUUACAACUUUUACGAGACAACCUCACCCUGUGGUCCUCAGAACUGGAGCAAGAUGCAGAUGACGCAGCCCCAGACGACGACCAAUAAUCUGUCGUCUGCUACGUAUUGACUUGUAAUACAUACCGUAGAAUCUCGGUUCCACCUCUAAUUUCUCGUUUUAUAUUUGAAAUGCAAAAAAAACUAAAAUUCGCGGCUGCAACAGAAGUACCCUUUAAAGAGAAAAGCAGGGUAUGGAGAAGAAAAAAAGACAAGAGUUGACUUUUAAUACUUUUAUCAUUCCCAUGAAAUAUGUUUUAAAAGACUGGACGUAAGCAGAUAGAUUCUUUAAUAUUAAGACAUUUUGUUGGUGUUUUUUUUGUACUAGAUGUAAUUAAAUGUUCACUUGGAUUGAAUGUUGCUAUGAUGAGCAAAAACUAAAGAUUAAGAGAACUAGUAACUCACUAUUGGAAGACAUAUUAUGCUAGAUACACAUAAUAUUUAUAUAUGUACAAUUAUGGAAAUUAAAAUCAAGCUUAAAACGCUU